UGCCAACUAUUACGAUUUUGGCGUAAUUAUUACGAUUUUCUGUUUUAAAUUACGCCUUACGAUUUUGUGUCACAAAAUUACGAUUUUCUGAUUUUCUGACUAUUAAAAUGUUAAAACGACUGAACUUCAAGGCUAACAGCCAAAUCGUAAUGCCAACGUUUUAAUUUUAUGAACGCACGUUUUUCAGCGAGUGUAUAGUAAUACGAGCGGGAGGAUUGCGUGCGUAUGGUGAUAUGUACUGCGUGUAUGGUCAUGUGUGUGUGUGUGUGCAGACAUGACGACUACAUGCGAUGCAAUACAUGCGAUGUGUUCUUGUUUUGCGCGCACAUUUACCAUACAAACUUACGUGGAUUACUACAUAUGGGACUGAUACGAGUGAUUUUUGUUUCGGCCGCGAUUGCGAUCAGCUAGCUUUGAUUUUCCCAUGAUUUUGAUCGCUACCAGUAAACUUCAAACGUCAAAAUGAGCAAAUCAACUAAGAGUAAGAAGUCUACCCAGAAAUAUCGGGCUGAUUACGCUCUAAAGUUUCCUGUGUUGACAAGCUCUAAACUGGGAGAUCACUAUGCAUUUUGCAAACGCUGCUCCAGUGAUGUCCGCAUCUCUCACGGUGGACUUAAUGACAUUGAGAAACACAUCAGGACAAAAAAACAUCAAGCUAAUACCGAGGCAACCGGUGGAAGAUCAUUACAAAGCUACUUCGCGGUAGAUUCGGACAUGAGUGUUAUUAAUGCAGAGGUUUUGAUGACCGAAUUCAUUGUUGAACAUAGUUUGCCACUCAGCGUUGCUGACCACUGUAAUAAACUGUUUCGGAAAAUGUUUCCCGAUUCGGCCAUCGCAAAAAAGUAUGGAUGUGGGCGCACGAAGACAGGCUGCAUCACCAAUACCCUUGGUAAAGAUUCCAGGAAAAAGAUUGUUGAUGUCAUCAAGGUAUCGCCAUUCAGUUUGGCAACGGAUGGGUCUACGGACUAUGAUGAUGUCAAGUUGUACCCAAUAUGUGUGCGGUAUUUUGACCCGGAUGAGGGUCGUACCUUGUCUGUUCUUCUCUCAUUGAAGGAGUGUAACAAGCCAUCUACAGGGGAGAACAUAUUCAAGCUUCUGGAGGCAGAACUACAGGAACUGGAAAUUCCGUUUGAAAAUCUGGUGUCCUUUUCCGCGGACAAUGCGUCAGUGAUGUUGGGCAAGUUCAAAGGUGUAGCGGCGUUUCUCCUCAAGCGUGCCCCAUCCAUGUACAUUUCUGGCUGCCCCUGUCAUCUGAUGCAUCUUGCGGCUGAGAAAGCAGCAAAACGGCUACCUGUGAGAGUAGAGGACUUGCUCAUUGAUAUUUAUUAUCAUCUGGAAAAGAGCAGCAAGAGAAAGCAAGAAUUCAAAUCUUUCCAAGCCAAAGAAAAUCUUCCCCAGCACAAGAUCAUCAAGCACGUGUCCACACGUUGGCUUUCACUCGGACAGUGCAUCACUAGACUCUUGGAGCAGUGGGAUGCAAUUCUUCCUUUCUUCGAAGGAGAGAGAAAAAAGACAAGUGGGACAAAACGACAGAGAGUCACACAAGAAGGGGAACAAGAAAGAAAGAAACAAAAAAACAAAUCGGCAGAAUCACCGCUAAGUUCGGCUACCUCUACCAAGCAAGGCACAUCGGUGACCCCUGCUGUAAAACCUGGCAGUUCACAUGGUCCUACUAGAUCAACACUCCAAGGAACAACUUAUGCAACAUCUAGUACAUGUUACAAGAUUCCCAAGAAGAAACUGCCUGUUGCUUCUAGUUCAACUUGCAACCAAAGCACUACCAAGUCUGGAACAUCAAAUGUGGGUGGUAAAUCAACAGCAUCCAGUUCUCCAAGCACCAGCACAGUGAAGGGAACUUCUAGCUCAACUAGCAACCAGUGUGCUGCAAAGUCUGGUACUUCGAGUGGUCCUGCGAAGUCAACAACAUUGAAGUCUGCUAAAAGCGCCAGUAAAGAUACUUCAGGUCUUUCUACAGCAUCAAACCCGUUCUUUCGAAAGUCAUCUUCCACAAGACCAACUGCAAAAUCAGCUGCAAAAUCAGCUGCAAAAUCAGCUGCAAAAGAGACUGCAAAAUCUGCUUCAAAACAAACAUCCGCUGCAAGAGAUCAACCUACAAUAACAACAGUUGAAUCAAAACCUGAGCGUGUAAUGAAGAUGAUGACAGACCCUAACACAAAACUAUAUUGUCUCUUUUUGAACAUUACCAUUUCUUUGUUUGAUGACAGUAACCUGAUCCUUCAGAAAGAUGAACCAUGUAUUCAUGUAAUGCAUAAUGUUAUGUGCAACCAACUGAAGUCACUGCUUGUUCGAUUUGUGAAGCCAGAAGUUGUUACUGCUCAUUUGAAAGUGUAUGAAGUAGAGUUCACAGAUGAAAGCAAUCAGAAAAGUGAUGAAGAGUUGUUUGUUGGCCAAGCAGUACGCACAUACAUCAGAGAGUGUGGAGAGCAGUGUAACUUGAAGCAAUUCUACGACAGUGUACGCAGCUACUUCUCUUCAGCAUGCAGCUAUAUGAGAAAGUCCUAUCCAUUUGAAGAAGAAGUUCUUCAAAAUGCUGAUGUAUUGGAUGUCUCCAAACGCACACAAGUGAAGCUCAACAAGUGGCUGUUCUUUGCAAACAAGUACCCCCAGUUUGUACCAGAGGAUGAAAGGGACAAGCUGGAAGAUGAGCUUUGUUGUUUCCAGGUGGAUGAUCUCACUGAUGAAAUCCUGAAACCAGACUUGAGAAUCGACUCGCAAUGGCAUGAAAUUUCGAAGCUGAAGUCUCCAGCCACUGGAAAUGUGUUGUAUCCAACACUGGUGAAAGUAGCAAAGGUGCUUCUUGCUAUGUAUCACAGCAAUGCCGAUUGUGAAAGAAUUUUCAGCAUCGUGAACAAGAACAAAACGGAAUUCAGAUCGAGCCUUUCAACUAAAACAUUGGAUAGCAUCUUGACAAGGAGAAUGGACCUGCUAUCAAGGAACACGCCAUGCCAUUCUACUGUGCACUCCAAGGAACUUCUCAAGAAAGCGAAACAGGCAACGUCCUCAUGCCUUAAAGCUUGAGGCAUUGUAAAACUUCUGUAAAACUUCUGCAAGAUAGAUGUCUUCUAAUUAUAUCUGGCAGCGUGUGUUUAUGAGGCAUGAGUAUGUCAAGUUUAUUCUCUGAACAAGGAACUUCUCAAGAAAGCGAAACAGGCAACGUCCUCAUGCCUUAAAGCUUGAGGCAUUGUAAAACUUCUGUAAAACUUCUACAAGAUAGAUGUCUUCUAUAUCUGGCAGCAUGUGUUUAUGAGGCAUGAGUAUGUCAAGUUUAUUCUCUGAACAACCAAGAAACAAGUGCCUGAUGGAGUCACUGAUGGCUGGAAAAGACUGCUUUGUGCGAUCAGUAGAGGUGAGGUGGAAAGUUUGAGAGCAUUAAGUGUAAUUAUGUAUGACUUUAUUUUUCUCCUCCAGGGUCUAUUUCAUCAGAAGAAUUUUUAGCUUUUAGUCCAUGUUUUGCUGUUUUUGACAGUUUAUUCUUUUGUGGGGGAGGUUCCAUAAGUGUUGAAAAAUGGGUUUAGAGUGAAGGGAAAGGGCAUUUCUACAUGUUCAAAAUACCAAAAGCUCCCUAGCGUGG